AUGGAAAAGCAGAAGUCAGAUGUUCGUUUACUACUGUCUGAAGAACUCGAAGCCAUUCGCUCCAAGAUUGUAAAAGGAGAGCUCGUACUCUUUAUUGGCGAGCAAGUAUCGACUUUAGUCAGUACGGAUAAGCAUGACCCCUCAUUGGAUGACUGGUGGCAAAUUCUCAAUAAUUCUGAGGUAAGAAUGUCUACUGCGUAGCCGGAAGUGAGAUUAUUAGGACAUUGGACUCAUAUCCAGAAAUUCAUUGAGGUUGGUAAUGGCUUGGACCAGGGGCUGACAUGAUCUUAAAAUUGCUUGGCCACCAAAAGGUAUCGAAAACGCGAUGACAGACAUGCAUAAUGUACAAAAUUCAGGACUAAAAACUAUGCUGGUUUUCUCACCUCGUAGGUGUAAACGGAGUAUCUCCGGAUGCACUCUCGGGGGAGGAAGGGAGUGUUGAGGAGCCAGCCAAGAUGUUAUGAAUGAAUUGCAAGAGUUAAUUAUCUCUCGUGAGGUAUAAUCGUUUUUCUCAAAAUGAAGUCACUUCCGCUGAAGAUCGCGAAGUUUCAGUGGCAUAGUACCAGUCGUCUUAAGGCGAAAACGCUACGAUGGUAAAUCACAGACGACGAUACUUAAUUACCAGUGAAUUUUCCACGAUAAAUAACCAAAACCUUUCUUAAAUUUUGAUUAAUUAUAACACGUUGCCUAGAGCAAGCUUUGAUGUUAACGAGGAGCUCAAAAGAAUUCUGCUGGUGGUUUCGCUGCCCAUAUGAAGGUAAAUUCUUCAUGUGUCUCUUAAUUUGCAGAAAGGCACGAAUGCACUUCUCGAUCUCGAAGACAAGUUUCUGAGAGAUCUUCAGCAGGCACCGUCACGUGUUCACAAUGCCUUACGGAAUGUUGGGAAGUUUCCUCUUAUCAUAACCACCAAUAUGGACGAGUUGCUAGAGCGCUUUCUCUGGAAGACUGGGAACGGUGGCGAGAAACUGCGACUGGACCAGGUUGGUAAAAAAGAAAGACGAUUCGACUCAAAUGUAUCUGUUGCAAAGUAUUUGUUUUUCCUGUGUCAAACCUUGUAGAGGUCUUAUGAUCCAAAAAGUUCUUACAAAAGUGUGAUUUUGUUUGCAGACUUAUUUUGAUUUUCCCUUAUAAAGCUUUACUUUGGGCAUUUCUCUGAAACAAAUGAUACUCUGUUCGUCUCUAUAUCCCAGACGGUAUUUGAUGAUCUCGCUUCAAACAACUUUGCUGCUGGUUUACAAAUCUGGUUAAGAAUGUAUGAAAGGUUUCGCGUUUGAGAAUUAUUUGCAGCCAGGCUUAUAUCCUAACAUUUAAGAUGGAUUCUUUUUGCCAUAGCUUUCUAGAUAGUUGCCCACUUCCCGUUAAAUAUCAACCUAGACGAAAAAAGGCCCUGUAUGAUAGAAUGAACGUGCAAAGUGAGAAGGGGAGGAACUAAUAGGCUUUCGUGCCACUUGGUGCCAUUCGACGGGUUAUUCAACUACUUUACUUACUGUCUUCCAGAUUUCCUGUCUCUCCCAGUCCUGGCCAGAUCUGCGUAGAGAUUUGAUCAUCAAGUGUUUUGGGGAUUGUGGUUUUAACGUGCGGGCGUUGGUAAGU